UUUUGAUAGUAAUAAAUUUGAUAUAAUUUUUAUCGAGUAAGGAGAAUUAUUUAAAAAGAGAUGUUGAAUCUCUUUCUACAAAACCCGUUAUACAUUUAUUUCUCUCGUUUGCCUUUAUAUGCUGCAUAGAUAAAAAUGGAAAUGGCAUCGGUUAUAAAUUAACUAAUAAUUAAGAUUAAUGAAUUAAUCUUGAACUGCAGCUUGCGUGAACAGGUUAACAAUUCUUCAAUUUCUAAGCACCCACGUCGACCAAUUACUGGUUGAACGACGGUGCGAGACGAUUUGCACUCGAUCUUCGGUGGAGUGCACAGACAAAACACGUCGCUUUUCUUGGGACCGAUUGCUCCCCUCACACUCGUCGCCCUCCCUCCCUGAUCUGUUUACUUUCUUCGUCGCUAUUCCCCGACCACACUUAAAUAAGGGGCAGCAAGCACGGGAGAGAAAGAAAGAGAGAGUGAGAGAGAGAGAGAGAAAAAGAGAGAGAGAGAGGAGAGAGAGAGAGAGAGAAAGAGAGUACGAGCCACCUUACGCUAGUUCGUCAGGGACCUUCUGUCGAGACGGAGUACCGAAGUACUCUCCGGGGACAAGUCUUCGUGACAAUUGUGAUCAAUCAGGCUGGCAUUGUCUGAAACGUGACCGCACAUUACCAGUCGAAAGAGUCUGAGACGCUCGUCGGCGACCGAGCGGUCGAGACGUGCUUCGUCGAUCUUCUCGUAGAGAGAAGCAUCGGAUUUGCGCUCGCGAUCGUCAUCGAUUACCACCCGCCGACUUUCUCCAUAAGCUAUAAAAGCUAACGACUCGACGAAACCGUUCGGCACAACGAGGCAUAACGAGAUCGUUAAACGAGGUUCGAGUCAGGAUCGAAAGCAAAAGAAAACUCCAAGGAUCUCAAACCGGGCGACUGUAUAUCGGAGACACCUUCGUCGGAAGAGAAAGAGUCCCGGGGGGACAAAAGAGUAUACACGACUGUGAUCUGCGAAACCUAUAAGCAACGAGCUAAGAAUAUUAAAUCGCUGUACUUCGUGCCGUCGUACGCCGACGAAAACGAUCUGCGAGGUCCCUGGUGGUGCCCUUAGAGAAAUCAAACAACUCCAGGCUGCAAGUCGACCGCGCGCGAUCGAUCGCCGUUUCGACCCCGUAAACAAGUUCCCUACGAUCGAUCAAACGAUCGCGACAGGUGUUUUUCGGGACAGGUUAGGUGAAGAAGAAGAAAAAGACGAGGGAAGAAAUUCGCGUGCCCCUCUCUCUACCCCUAGUGAUCGCUCGGCAUCAAUGCAUCCACCCAGACAGUGGGAAGGGUUGAUUGCACCGGGAAGUCAACGUUGUCUCGAGACGGUGGUUCGAUGUCGUCUACGAAGUAUGCCAUGAUCAUUUCCCCAUGAGAGAGGCACCAAUUUCCGUCAUCGUCGUAGCGAUCAUCGUCGUGAUCACGUCCCACCUGCAACGUCCGCGGCAACGUCGUUCGCUCUCGUCGUUGUCGUCGUCGUCCGAGAAAAAGUGCCAGACUGUGAUACUACCCCGUGUGAUAGAGAAAUCAUCUUGUGAUCCCCGUUUUACCUCAACGUACUCAAUGUCCGCGAAUCGAUUGAACGUGCUGGUGACCCUGAUGCUCGCCGUCGCGCUUCUUGUGACGGAAUCAGGAAAUGCACAGGUGGAUGGCUAUCCCCAAUUCAAUCUGAAGCGAUCCGCCGUGAGCUCGCCGCAGAAGUAUUGCGGCAAGAAGCUCUCCAAUGCUCUACAGAUAAUCUGUGAUGGCGUGUACAAUUCCAUGUUUAAGAAGAGUGGUCAAGAGAUGGAAAUGGCCGAUUACCCACUCGCCUACGACUUUCCCCCGUUCUUGUCGCCAGCGAGGGCACGGGGAAUGCUGGACGGACGCUUCGCCGGCAGGCGCUACCGAAGGGAGCCGCGGGGUAUCCACGAGGAAUGUUGCAUCAACGGGUGCACGAUAAACGAACUGACCAGCUAUUGCGGCCCCUAAGCGCGCGUUCGGUAACCGGUAACCCUUCGACUUUCGCUUUACUGCUCGAACACCAUGCAAACCGAAUAAUCCCAAGAACACACAUGCCCCACGCGCAUAUACCUCCCUUCCCUCUCCCCACACACAUACAUGUACACACAUACAUAGAGGGACAUACACACACAUUUCAUAUUACGUACGGUACACAUGUUGAGAAAUGUAAAACCGCAUCAUCGCUCAUGCUGGCGACUGACUCGUGAUAGUUGUGUAUACAUUUAUACGUAUGUGCGAUGAAACUGACUCUUUAAACUGGUCGUGCGCGGGAUUGUAUCCUCUUUUUCUUGAUUUUCUGUGGACGGGAAGGCAGCGGAGGGAAGACAGAUCGAGUUAUCGGGCGACAUAAUCUUGGAAGAUGACAUCAUCAGAAAUUCUGCUUCUUUUAAAUUAACGACAUUUGUCCGAGCAAUGAGAGAUAAUUUUUUGCGGUUAAGAACUGUUGCUAAGGCGUUUUACUUAGCGACAGAUUAUAUAAAGAAAGCAAAAUCUGUUCUAUCGAAUUUAAUUUUCUCUAAUUUUCUAAAUUUCAAAUUCUCUAUUUAACUAAUUCUUCUCUCGCUUGCUGUACCUUGUCUACAAGUAUAAAACGUUUAGGACAAACAUUUUUUCGUUGCAAAUCUAGUUUAAAAAUCAAUUUUAACUAUAUUCAUACAAUUGAAGGUAUUAGAAAAUUAUCAAGAAUGUCUUCAAAAGACGCCACUCGAAUAAUUUGUUAUAUAUCGCUUAGAAAAUCGUAUGUAACGUUUGAAACAUUUUUAUGGUCGAAAGAAGCAGGGCGUUCAUAUUUGCGGAUCAACGUGCGAAUGUUAAGUCAACGAAGAAAAGGUCAACGUUGAAAAGAAGAGCCAAACGCGAUUUGUAUGCGCGAUCUAACGUGCGUGUAAUUGCGGCGGCGAUCGUCGUGCGACACGUGAAAAAAACAGAGAACGUGCAUGUCUGCGAUGUCACGCGACUUCAUGCUUGCCUUGUCCGACGAAACUGAUCUUGGAUUUGAACUAUUAAACUGUCGUUUUUUUUUUCCUUUUUUUCGUUUAUCAGGCGGCAUCAGCAGGUGACGUUUCUCGUCGCGCACGCGUAACUCGAUUCUUCGAUCCGUAUAAAUUAAUGCACUCGAAUAUUCGCAUUUUUCUUAUUUUAAUCUUUCGACCUGCGAAAGGUUUUUACAUACUUACUUUCGACCACUCUGCAUACGCGUACACACCGUUAGCGAUUUGUCCCGCUCGCGAUUUAGAAAUGUCGAAGAAUUUUUUCGCGAUUAUCGGGGGGGGGGAUACAGUCUCACUCGCAUGGUGAUUUUUUUUUGCGACGAACCACGGAAAGAACAGCUCGAUAGUUUAGUUUCUUGUAACUUUAAUUUUCUUUUUUUUUUUUUUAAUGCCAAAUUCGAGAUUCAUUCAACGAUCGGGAGCGUGACAAGCUGUCGCACGGCGCGAUAUCCAUCCGUGGUCGUUGAACGAAUGUCGAAUUUAAUAGGACUACACUACUGUAGCUUGCGUUAUUUUUAAUCUGCCAGAGGCUGUGACGAUUUCAAGGGGCAUCUACGACUGUACUGCAUAUGGUGAUAUUAUUCUUAUUCGUAGAACCUGUAUUCUGAAUGAUUAUCCUUCGAGGAAAGGACCGGGAUGGAGCAUGAAAAAUGAUUGGAAAGCUCGCGUCAUGCUGUAUCGAAAUGCAAGAUCAGUUAAACUUGACAUUAUGAGUCGAAUACGGUUGUAUAGAAGAAUCUAAUAGUCUUAGACAUUGAUUCACUGUGAAAAUGAUACAAGUUCAAAAUUUGCGACAUUUAUUUUGAAUAUUUUGAAAGUUGUAUCUAAACGAAAUCAAUCGUGCAUAAAUUCGUUUUGUUAUAUCGAAUCCAUUUUAUUAAACUCGAUUGACAAAUAACGAUUGGAGAAGUGUUGCGUCGACGAUACGCGAUAAAGGUGAGUUUAUCUAGAAGCACGAAAGCGUGGUUCUAGGAAAGCACACCUUUCCCCCUACGUUUGCAUGACGACCGUGUAAACGAAACUUUGGCAGCACCGGGAAAGACCACGAGACUCCGCCGUCCUACCUUGAGAGGCAUUUACGUUUUCGAUAAUACAAGCGUAUGUAGUAAAGAAUAAUUUUAAUUGAGAGAGGGUGUGAAUACGUAUACGGUGAAAUACGACGAAAUACAAGCCGAAAUCUGAUUUAUUUGGCGGCCGAUCUUACGUCUUUUCGAACGCACGACAGGAAAGGAAGAAGAAAUGAACAAGCGUACUGUCGAAGAAGAAAAAGAAAAGAACUGAGACGAAUAAACGUGUGGCGCGCCAUGAACCGAACAACGCGAGAUAUCGUGGUGCGAUCAUUCGCUCGAGAAGUUUCAUACUGAUAUCGAUUCGUUUCCACCGACAGCGCUGACUUUCCGUUACGUAUCGAGUGAUCUCCAAAUCGCAUGCCAUUUACCUCGUCACGCAUAUCUAAGUAAGAGCACGUUUCAUUCCGAAGUAUAUAUAUAUAUAUAUAUAUAUAUAUAUAUAUAUAUAUAUACUGUUGUAUGCUUUAUCACCGAAUCUGUUUUAGCGCUUAACCGAAUCUCCUUCCUCUGUCCGUAUCGUAGGUAAGUCUGCAAACUUGCGAGGGAAUUAGCGGAUAGCUAAUCUGGAACAAGUUGACGCAUCUCGUCGCGAUUCGCGAGGGAAGUUUGGUAACAUGGCAAAUUCGAAGAAGCGAGCACGCACUUAGCUGCUAUGCAUUAACUUCUUUUUAUCUUCUAUAUAUAAAUUAAUAUAUUUUGUUCUCGCCUUGAGGACUUCAGAAAAGAGAUUUUCGGAAAAUCGUUUUAUUAUUUAUUGCAGAUUCAACGAAAUGCCGUGAGUGUAUUGUGUAACGCAAUCUUUUUCGAAUUUACCCGUUCGCCAAAUGUUCUCCUCGUAACCAGUCAUUAAUGUCCAUCUCCACGCGCGCUCCUCGCCUAUUCGUCGUCAGAUCUCUCAUCAUUGAAUAACGCGACAAGGUGAUUAUAACCGCCAAGGUCGUAAGUUAUUGAUUAGAUGCCAAUUAUAUCGUAAUCGUUUAUUAUUGAUCAUCAUCGAGAUUAUUAUGUUCCAUUUGCCGCGUUAGCGCCGUCAUCAUGAUCAUUUUUAUCAUUCCUCAUCCCCGUGUCAUCGUCAUAACGAGAUGUGAUUUCUAUACAUCGCUAACGUUGCUGCCGAGCUUGCUUGCCGAGCGCAUUUCGACCGCGCUUCUAUUUUUUCGCACUAUUUUCCCAUUUCCCCCCCUCUCCUCCCCGCCUUUUUCGUUUUUAGUUUCGGCAAUCUCCCUCGCGCGAUGACCGUAAUAUAAUGAUGGCCGAGUGAGGGUCGAGGGACGAUGAAGACAGCGAAAUCAGAUACGUGUAAACGACGACGGAUAAAAUCUCUCUGAUGGCACACAGACGGUAAGAUAAUCAGUUAUAUCGACUGACCAAUAUCGUAGAAGGCAGAUAUGUGUAUGUACGCGCAAAGAAUCGAACAGAUAGCUUCGGGCCGUCUACCGACGGCUAUGGAGACUGAUAUUCGGGCAGCGUGAUUGAUACGAAACGAGAUAUAUGCCAAGUAUAAACGAAUAUCCGUUUCCGAUAUUCCCCGCGUAUUGUCUGUCGAUAGACAAAAUGUUUAUACGACUUCAUUGUGCCUCGGUCCUUUAGUGCGGAGAAAGAGAGAGAGAGAGAGAGAGAGAGAGAGAAAGAGAAAGAUGCGGGUAGCCCUUUUGCUGCGGCUGCGAACGAGAGACAACUCAUAGACGCGCUCCGGCGAGAGAGGAGCGGCGAUAUAUUAACUACUACUACUACUUCGUAGGGCACAAGCGAUGUGAUUUGUAUAUUGAAAUGUACUUCAACUUAAACGGUAAAAAAAAAACCAAUGAAAAUUCGUUCCCAG